AUGUCUCUAAGCACCUCCCAAGCUCGGCUAUCGACACUGCGGACUCAUAUCAGGAACGAUUUAAGGGAGCCUUCCCCUUAUAUUUCGUUCACAUCCUCGCUUGAAGCACUUGAAAGUUUUGCAAAUUUCAGAAAGACUCGUCCAUACAGGGAAAACCAUAUCAUCGUGGUCAUCGACCCAGUAGUACGUCUCGAGGGAAAACGUCCUGUAAUCAACUACGGGGAUGAAAUAAGAUACUACAACAUCGAUGUUCUGUAUAAUUCAUCCCAACAGGAACUCGACAACCACUACAUCUGCCUUUGA